AUGGCUUCUUCGCAAUCUCUAACUCUCAUCUCCAAAUGCACCAUCUUCCCAGACCAAAAAUCGAUACUCUCUGACCUCAAACUCUCCGUCUCCGAUCUUUCGAUGCUCUCCUGUCACUACAUUCAAAAGGGUGGUCUCUUCACUCGCCCUCAUGUUCCAAUUGACUCUCUCAUCUCUCUCCUCCAAUGUGGUCUCUCCCAGACUCUAUCUCUCUUCCCACCACUCGCUGGACGUCUCAAAACUGAUUCUUCCGGUUAUGUUUAUAUCACAUGUAACGACGCCGGAGUUGACUUCAUUCACGCCAGUGCAAUUCACAUUCAUGUUCACGACAUUUUGUCCCCAACUGAUAUCCCUAACUGUGUCAAAGAGUUCUUCGCUUUUGAUAGAACAGUGAGUUACGACGGUCAUUUCAAGCCUAUAUUGGCUGUGCAAGUGACUGAGCUCGCCGACGGCGUUUUCAUUGGCUGUGCACUCAAUCACGCCGUUACUGAUGGCACGUCAUUUUGGAAUUUUUUCAAUACUUUCGCGGAGGUUUGUGGAACUGGUGCGAGGAAGAUUUUGAGGGUACCAGACUUCCGCCGUGAAUCGAUGUUGAUCUCGUCGGCGGUUCUCAGAGUCCCUGAAGGUGGACCCAAGGUCACUUUCAUCGUCGAUGCUCCGUUGAGAGAGAGAAUUUUCAGUUUCAGCAAAGAAUCGAUUCUGAAACUGAAAUCAAAAACAAACGAUCAAAAAUUGAUCUGUAGUCGUAACAGAGCAAUUGAUAGAGUCGAAUUGAUGGGGAAGCAAAGCAACGAUCCUUUGAAGGUCGUUGACGGGAAGAUAACGCCGUUGAAAUGGCUACGAAACACCGUUUUGAACACCGAAAAUGAGUAUGCCAAUCCAACGGUAGAGAUCUCAUCUUUUCAGUCACUGUGUGCUCUGCUAUGGCGAGCAGUGACGCGUGCUCGGAAACUACCAUCGUCCAAAAUGACGACGUUCAGAAUGGCGGUGAAUUGCCGUCACCGGCUCAAACCAAAGCUUGAUCCAUACUAUUUCGGAAACGCAAUUCAAAGCAUUCCGACGUAUGCCUCCGCCGGUGACGUUCUGUCGCGUGAUCUUCGAUGCACCGCUGAGCAGUUGAACAUGAACGUGAAGGCCCACGAUAAUGCUAUAGUGAGGCGAUGCAUAGACGAUUGGGAGCAGGACCCACGGUGUUUCCCUUUGGGAAACUUUGACGGGGCGAUGAUCACGAUGGGAAGUUCGUCGAGAUUUCCAAUGUACGACAAUGAUUUCGGGUGGGGCAGACCCGUAUCCGUUCGGAGCGGGAGGGCUAAUAAGUUUGACGGUAAGAUUUCAGCGUUUCCAGGGAAGGAAGGUGGUGGGACUGUUGAUUUGGAGGUGGUCUUGGCGCCCGAGACUAUGGCGGGUUUGGAGUCGGAUUCAGAGUUCAUGUAUUACGUGUUGGGUUAUUGA